ACACAAACACUCCAAGUUUGACCCUUUGGAUUCAUCAACUACUCUAUUUCUGUCUGAUUUCACCCACUUCAUCCCAUAACCUCCAUCUGUUUCAGGUGUGUGGAGCACUGACUGGUGGGCAAAUUUGAGGCCAGAUUGAUUGCAGCAAAUAAUAGCACAAUUAGGUUCUUUGCCUAUUAAUGGAUUUCUUGGAAGUGCCUGAUAUCCAGCUUGGCAUAGCUGUUGUUGUUGUUACCGUUGCUGCUUACUACCUCUUCAACAAGAAACCUAAAGGGUGCUUAGAUCCUGAAAAUUUUAAGGAAUUCAAGCUUGUGAAGCGCACACAGCUUAGCCAUAAUGUGGCAAAGUUCAGAUUUGCUCUUCCUAAACCUACUGCAGUGUUGGGACUUCCUAUUGGACAGCACAUUAGUUGCCGGGGUAAGGAUAGCCAAGGUGAAGAGGUUAUUAAACCAUACACACCAACCACUCUAGAUGCUGAUGUUGGAUACUUUGAGUUGGUUAUUAAGAUGUAUCCACAAGGUAGGAUGUCCCACCAUUUCCGAGAGAUGCGUGAAGGUGAUUAUAUGGCUGUAAAGGGACCUAAGGGGCGUUUCAGGUAUGAACCUGGGCAGGUGAGAGCAUUGGGAAUGAUUGCUGGGGGUUCUGGAAUUACUCCAAUGUUUCAGGUUGCCAGAUCUAUUCUAGAAGACCAAACAGAUAGAACGAAGGUGCAUCUCAUCUACGCCAACGUCACAUCUGAUGACAUCCUUCUUAAGGAAGAGCUGGAUGCACUCGCGACUAAUUACCCUAGCCGCUUCAAAAUUUACUAUGUAUUGAAUCAGCCACCUGAGGUAUGGACUGGUGGCGUCGGCUUCGUAUCACAGGAAAUGAUCAAAGAGCAUUUACCUGGUCCUGCAUAUGAUAUCAAGAUCCUACGGUGUGGUCCACCUCCGAUGAACAAGGCCAUGGCUGCUCAUCUUGAAGCUUUGGGAUAUGACUCAGAGAUGCAAUUCCAGUUUUAAGUCUAAACAUAUUCAUGGUCUUUAGAUUUUCUUGCAUUUGGGAUCUUCAUUGUUCAUCUGAUUUGAGUACUCUAUUUGAAUAAACUUUUCCCGGAACCUUUUUUCUGAAACAAA